AUGAGCCAUCGAGUUAGCAAGAGCAAGAGAAGACGCAAUCCCUGGAAAGAACCUGAACUCCAGAGACUUCAAAAGCUUCUUGCUGAAAUUCCAAGGCUAACCCAUGCACAAAUCAAAGACCGACUGGAGGGGGAAAGCUAUCCUCGUCGGGGCCAGCGAUCAGUCUCUGUCAAAAUAUGCGAAAUUAGAAAAAAAGAGAAAGAGAGUUGCGAGACACUACAACCAGACAAUCCUUCCUCAAGAGACGAGGACCAUGAGAACUUAGCCAACGAAACCGAGACGCAGGUGGACGGUGUCAUCCCGACAGGCCGACCGUUUUCAGUUCCGCCUCCAGACAUUGGCAACCCUUCCACUACGAUCAAUUCGCCCCCGGAUGCAACAGAUGUAGAUGUAUCACAAGUACAAAAUGCUCAUCGGGGCACCACACCACCGGGAGAGCCACCGAUGCCAGUUGUUCAACUUGCGCCGCCACUCCCACUCCCAGAAGAACACAUGGAGAAUGUCCAUAACGAGGCGACUUCUUCAACAGAGGAUGCACAACCACGAGAUGUACACGGCGGCACUACGCCACCGGAGGAACCAGAAUCCAGUGAUGCCCACCGUGAGUCAUCACUUCCGGAAAGGCCGCGAAUUCAACGCGCCCAUUAUGAGGCACUGGUUCCAGAAGAACCACAAACACAAGGCACAAGUGGAAAUGAUCUGCUUACCACUUGUCAACACUUUAAGGACCUUCUUUCCAAGGACACACAAGCGGCACAAGGCAGGGCGGAGCAUCGGCGGCCAGUAGAGAUGCGCCAUAAUGAGAACAGUGACGCUCUGUUAAAAACUCUGGAAAGGGGGGAAACCCUGAGCGAAAGAGAGAAAGCGUUGGAAGAACAGUUACGCUCUGUACGGAUACAGCUGGUGGAGAACAGACGGGAAACGGAUGUGCUUGCGGAAAAGGUGGUGACAGAUCAAAAGCUCUUGGACCAGUGGAGGGAGGAGGAUGAGCAGGAAACGGACAGGCUACUGGCUGUACAGAAGCUUAUCGAUCAAAGACUCGAAGUGACUGGAAGACUCUGGGCCGGGAUUUAGAGUAGUUUUCGACGUCUUUGACGUCUUUUCUUUUAUUCUCUUUAUUUUCUUCUUUACUCUAAAUGGCUGGAGCUUUAUUGAUACUGCGUAAGGUAACGAGGGCUCUAGGUACUACGAACCAGUUAGUCGGUUUUUCGGUCAGCUUCUAACUUUUCUUGAUAACAAAAGCAUUACGCAAGCCCUCUAUAAAUGAGCGACAAACAAAACGUUUGAAGAAGCGAGU